AUGAUGACAAAUGGUUUCGAAAAGGACGCAGACGUCGACCCGUUCUUCGACGCGCUCGUUGUCACGUACGCUGUGCUUGUCCCCAUUCUUUUGAUUAACAUGCUUAUAGCUAUGAUGAACGACACGUACAACAAAGUUUCGGAAAGGGCCGAGCAGCAGUGGCGAUUGGAGCGAGCACGCGUUAUCACCUCUAUUGAGCAGGAGCUCUAUAGCAAUCAAACGGGGGUGGCUAGCCAAUACUGGGUAGAAAUCGAAGGGAGACGUUGCUUGCAGAUGCAGCAGGAGAAUUCCGCAUGGGCAAGGUCUUGA